AUAAUUUGAGCAGAACUAUGGCCUUCCUGAAAUUGAUGGUGUUCUCUGCAGUAGCGAUCGUGCUCGCUUCAAGCAAGAAGGGGGGUUCCGCAGUUUCUGUUGAGGAGUUGCGUGAACUGCUGGUGUCUUCUAUGCAGACGACUAUAUCUUUAACAGCUGUAGUCGAACAGCAGACAAAGAGUAUCAGUGAAAUCACAAACUUCGUGGACGAAGCAAAAGAAGAGAUCAAGGAUUUGAAAAGUAAGAUUGAAAGUCUGGGGCAGAAAGACGAAGAACAGACAGGGAUCGAGGAACUCGAGGAGAAAUUAGUGAAGGAAAUUGAAGCACUGAAAGAAACAUGUGCCGAGGAAUUGAAAGCCAGUGUGGACGAAGGAAAAGAAGAGAUCAACGACUUGAAAAGUAAAAUCGAAAGUCUGGGGCAGAAAGACGAAGAACAAACAGGGAUCAAGGAAAAAUUAGUAAAGGAAAUUGAAGCACUGAAAGAAACAUUUGCCGAGGAAUUGAAAGCCAGAAAGAAUGACGUGAUGGUGGUAAGCGGAGAGGAGAAUCUGAGGGAGGAGCGCUGUGCGAAAGUGUGUGCUGGAACCUCAGUCAGGGGAGCAACCAACUGGGUGGAUUACAGCUCGAACGGAAUCUACGCAGACGUUGACAUCAGCAAGUGUGGGUUCGUGACAAUUCCAACUGUGACUUCCUCUCUUGAGGGCACCACCUCUCAUUGGACUACGACAGGGAGCUCGGAGAUUUAUAGUGUGACUACCGGAACUUUUAGGAUCUACCUGGUGGCUCAAAGUGGCAGAGGCGGUGGUGCGAAUAAAAUGGGUUGGAACGUGGAGUGGAUCGCGGUGGGUUAUACCUGCUGAUGUUUCUACUAGUACUGGAUCCAAAUGCAUGAGACUUUAUUUUAUUGUUAAACUUUUAUUUAAAGUUUUUACAUCAAAGAAAAGAAUGAUAAUACAAAUUUAAAAAUAAAAAUCAGCUGAUAAAUAUUAUUAAACCAAGAAAAAAAUUAAUUUUUUAAUAAGAUGAGUAUCUAUAUUAUUGAUUUUAAUGAAAAUAUUAAUGUUUAAUAAAAGAUGUUUACAGUAGUUUUAAAUUUUAUUGCACGAA